AUGACGGUGACGUACUCCAGUAAAGUCGCCAACGCCACGUUCUUCGGUUUCCAUAGACUUCUACUGCGAUGGAGAGGCAGCAUCUAUAAACUGCUUUAUCGGGAGUUUAUAGUCUUUGUACUGUUGUAUACCUUGGUGAGCCUCGUUUACAGAUUUGCUCUCUCAGACCCUGAAAAGCGUUUCUUUGAAAAGUUGGCUCUUCACUGUAACAAGUAUGCAGAACAGAUUCCAGUCACGUUUGUGCUUGGUUUCUAUGUCACCCUGGUGGUCAACCGCUGGUGGAACCAGUUUGUGAAUCUGCCUUGGCCCGACCGCCUCAUGUUCCUGAUCUCAAGCUGUGUUCACGGCCAUGACGAGCACGGCCGACUCCUCAGACGCACGCUGAUGCGCUACGUCAACCUCACCUCACUGCUCAUCUUCCGCUCCGUCAGCACCGCCGUCUGUAAGAGAUUCCCCACCAUGGAGCAUGUGGUGGAGGCAGGCUUCAUGACCCCAGAAGAGAGGAAGAUAUUUGAUGCUGUCAAGUCUCCCCACCUGAAGUACUGGAUCCCUGUGGUGUGGUUUUCUAACAUGGCGUCCAGGGCUAGGACAGAGGGGCGCAUAAAGGACAGCGUGGACCUGCAGACCAUCCUUAACGAGAUGAACAGGUUCAGGACUUGGUGCUCCACUCUAUUUGGUUAUGACUGGGUUGGGAUUCCUCUCGUCUACACACAGGUAGUAACCCUGGCCGUCUACACCUUCAUCUUUGCCUGUAUUAUUGGUAGACAGUUCUUGGACCCAGCUCAGGGUUACCCAGGGCAUGACCAGGACUUUUACGUUCCCAUCUUCACUAUGCUACAGUUCUUUUUCUACUCUGGCUGGCUCAAGGUUGCUGAGCAGCUCAUCAAUCCAUUUGGGGAGGAUGACGACGACUUUGAGGCUAACUGGUGUAUCGACAGAAACCUGCAGGUGUCGUUGAUCGCGGUGGAUGAGAUGCACAUGAACUUCCCUCCAAUGACGAAAGACAUUUACUGGAACGACUCUGCCGCUCUGCCUCCCUACACGCUGGCUGCUGCCGACUACUGCAUCCCCUCAUUCCUCGGAUCCACCAGAGAGUUGGAGUGA